AUGUCUAAAAAGGAGGAUAUCAAGAUCCUGGGCAUGCCGUCCUUCGUGGUCGACUUCCUGAUGGGUGGUGUCUCCGCCGCCGUCUCGAAGACUGCUGCUGCGCCCAUUGAGCGUAUCAAGCUCCUUGUCCAGAACCAGGAUGAGAUGAUCAAGGCUGGCCGCCUCGACCGCCGCUACAACGGUAUCGUCGACUGCUUCCGCCGUACCACCGCCGAUGAGGGCCUCAUGGCCCUGUGGCGUGGUAACACCGCCAACGUCAUCCGUUACUUCCCGACUCAGGCCCUGAACUUCGCUUUCCGUGACAAGUUCAAGGCCAUGUUCGGCUACAAGAAGGAGCGUGAUGGCUAUGCCAAGUGGAUGGCUGGUAACCUGGCCUCCGGUGGUGCCGCUGGUGCCACUUCGCUCCUUUUCGUGUACUCGCUCGACUACGCGCGUACCCGUCUUGCCAACGACGCCAAGUCGGCCAAGGGUGGUGGUGCCCGCCAGUUCAACGGCCUGAUCGACGUCUACCGCAAGACCAUGGCCACCGACGGUAUCGCCGGUCUGUACCGUGGCUUCGGUCCCUCCGUCGCCGGUAUCGUCGUCUACCGUGGUCUCUACUUCGGCAUGUACGACUCCAUCAAGCCUGUCGUCCUCGUCGGCUCGCUCGCCAACAACUUCUUCGCCUCGUUCAUGCUCGGCUGGUGCGUCACCACUGGUGCCGGUAUCGCCUCGUACCCUCUUGAUACCGUCCGUCGUCGCAUGAUGAUGACCUCGGGUGAGGCCGUCAAGUACAAGAGCUCGUUCGAUGCCUUCCAGCAGAUCGUUGCCAAGGAGGGUGUCAAGUCUCUCUUCAAGGGCGCUGGUGCCAACAUCCUCCGUGGUGUUGCUGGUGCUGGUGUGCUGUCCAUCUACGACCAGCUCCAGGUCCUGAUGUUCGGCAAGGCUUUCAAGUAA